CGCCGCGUCCGCCCGGGAGUCCCGCAGCGUCCUGCCCGCGUGCUCUCCGCCGCCUCCCGGCGUCCACGCAGUCGCCGGAGCUCCGCGCGCAACUAUGGCUCAGCACUUCUCCCUGGCCGCCUGCGACGUGGUCGGCUUCGACCUGGACCACACUCUGUGUCGCUACAACCUGCCCGAGAGCGCCCGGCUCAUUUACAAUAGCUUUGCUCAGUUCCUGGUCAAGGAGAAAGGGUAUGACAAGGGAUUGCUCAUGGUGACCCCCGAGGAUUGGGAUUUCUGUUGCAAGGGCUUGGCACUGGAUCUGGAAGAUGGGAACUUCAUUAAACUCGCAGAUAACGGCACCGUGCUCAGGGCCAGCCACGGCACAAAGAUGCUGUCUCCGGAGGCGCUGGCGGAGGAGUUUGGCAGGAAGGAGUGGAAGCACUUCAUGCCCGACACGGGAAUGGCCUUCCGGUCAGGAAAAUACUACUUUUAUGAUAACUACUUUGACCUGCCUGGAGCUCUUCUAUGUGCCAGAGUAGUAGACUCUUUAACAAAGCAGAACAAUGGUCAAAAACCAUUUGAUUUUUGGAAGGACAUAGUCGCUGGUAUACAACAUAAUUAUAAAAUGUCAGCUUUUAAAGAAAACUGUGGAAUAUAUUUUCCAGAAAUAAAAAGAGAUCCAGGCAAAUAUUUACACACUUGUCCAGAAUCAGUAAAAAAGUGGCUUCGACAGCUAAAGAAUGCUGGCAAAAUCCUUAUGUUAAUUACCAGUUCUCACAGUGAUUACUGUAGACUCCUCUGUGAAUAUAUCCUUGGGAAUGAUUUUGAAGAUCUUUUUGACAUUGUGAUUACAAAUGCAUUGAAGCCUGGUUUCUUCUCUCAUUUACCAAGUCAGAGGCCUUUCCGUACACUUGAGAAGGAUGAGGAGCGGGAGGCCCUGCCUUCUCUGGAUAAACCUGGCUGGUACUCCCAAGGGAAUGCUGUCCACCUUUAUGAACUUCUGAAGAAAAUGACUGGCAAACCUGAACCCAAGGUUGUAUACUUUGGUGACAGCAUGCAUUCAGAUAUUUUCCCAGCCCGUCAUUAUAGUAACUGGGAGACAGUCCUUAUCCUCGAAGAGCUCCGAGGGGACAAAGACAGGAAGCCUGAGGAGUCAGAACCUGAAGAGAAAAAAGGCAAAUAUGAGGGAUCAAAGGCAAAGCCUCUAAAUACAUCAUCUAAAAAAUGGGGGUCUUUUUUUAUUGAUUCAGUUUCUGGACUGGAAAAUACAGAAGAUUCCUUGGUUUAUACAUGGUCUUGUAAGCGAAUCAGUGCUUACAGCACUAUUGCAAUUCCAAGUAUUGAAGCAAUAGCAGAAUUACCCCUGGACUACAAAUUUACAAGGUUCUCUUCAAAUAAUUCAAAAACAGCAGGCUAUUAUCCAAACCCUCCAUUGGUCUUAUCAAAUGCUGGAAAACUGACAGCCAAAUAAAUGAUCUUUACCAAAAAAUGAAGUGAAAAACAGUAUAUGCAGCAAAUGUACUGUAAAAAUGUUCAUUUUCAAAAACUACUGUAAAAUGCUUUAUAGAAACAAAAUUAUUAAUGAAACGUGACCAAGAAAUUGGUAUGUUUUCCAUAGGUCUCCUUUCUAUAGAGAUUAUCUUGAUACCCAACAACACUCAUUAUGUUAAAAUCUCAGUAUCUUAGAGUUGAAAAGAAUCUUAUUAAUAUUUUCUAUACUAGUAGUUCUGAAAUUAGAAUUCCCUGGGGCUAUAUAUACACAUACACAUACAUACAUAAAUGUACACAUGCAUAUUUACACAUUUACCUAGACCUGUGGCCCUCAAAGUGUGGUCCCCAAACCACUAGCAUAGCCACACAUGCAAACUUGAUAGAAAUGUAAAUUUGCACACCCCAUCCUAGACCUACAGAAUCAGAAAAUCUGGGACUGUGACCCAGCAAUCUGUGUUUAAUUAUAGUAUGACUCACACAAAAGUUUAAGAACCAGUGGCUAGACUAUAACCUCCAGACAUUGGUUUAAUUGGUCUGGGGAUACAGAUGAACACUGAAAUCUUUAAUAUGUCCCAGGAAAAUGCAGCCAAAAUUGAGAAUAACUGAUCUACACCUGUUGUUUCAAUUUAUAGUCAAAAACACCAAGUCUAGUAAGAUUAAAUUAUUAUUCCAAACUAUCAGAUUUUAUGCUGUUUUCCUGGUUUCCAAAACAAGGAGAUAGACAUGAUGUCUUCUGAGACCAUGCAGCCAUGAUGGGACCUGGGUGAUAAAAGAAGCCAACUAUUUCAGCCUCAAAGUAUUAAUCAUUAGGGUUUGUUUUUUUUCCCUCCCUGUUUUCUUCAUUUUCCUCCCUAGUGUCUACUUCACUUUUCAUUCACUUUAAGUCAUGUAUUCUCAGAGGGGCAAAAAUUGGUUCUUGGUAUAAAAAAAUCUUAACGCAGUGGAUUAUGGUUCUCCAUAUCUCUACACAAUAAAAUCUUAUUCCUUAGUAUUUCUCUCAUUAGGGAGAAAUGUAAUUUAAAGCUAAAUUUAUUAAAUAUAUUUUUUCUUCUAGGGCACGGGGCAGUGAUAAUGAAAAAAGAGGUUGAAAAGAAUUAUUUUUUAAAGGUUUUAUAGAUGUACUGCAGUCCAGGAUUAUUGUGUUCUAUGUGCUACAUGUAGUCAUAUUAGUAGCGGUUUGUUGCAAGAUGUUUGAACCCAGAUAAUGUUUACAGUAUAAAUGCCUGGCUACUCUUUAUGCUGUAAUUUCACUCUGUCCAUUAUGGAUAGAAUCAGAAAACACUGGUCACCAUCAUUUUACUUGGUUUGUAGCCAAGAGUUUAACAUGUUGAUAGAUGCAAUGAAAAGAUAAAUAUUUUGUUAAAUUUUUAAAUGCUCAAAUAAUCCCAAAUAUAUUGUGGGAUUGAAUAUCUCAGGGUAGGUAAACAGUUACUGAAUUUUUUUCUCUCAAAGCCAGUAGCUUUCUUCAAUAUCUGUUAAUAAAUGUUAAUGUCUUUGAAAUUGACUUCCAAAAUCUCAUUGGAAUAUAAUAAAGAGCAUGUACAAUCAAGCUUAGGGCUCAAGUGAAAGAUGCUGUUUUCAUGUAUACUUUCAUGUAGACCUUUGAUUUCUUUUAAAAAUAAAGCUAUUUUUCCUUA